UCUGUAGGCUGAGAUGAGUAGAGUACACUGCAAAAAAAUGAUUUUCAAGAAAACAUUUUCUUAGUAUUUUUUUCUUGUUUUUAGUAAAAAUAUAAAAAAAAAUUAAAUAAAGAUUCUUUUUCUUGAUGAGCAAAACAACCCAAGAAAAUAAGUCUAGCUUUUAGACCAAAGGGGUGUGCCAUGAGUCACUCCGCAUGCCAACGAAGACAUAUGUGACGUCAGUACAUGGUGCUGUACUUGGUGUAUGUGGCAGUCUGCAGCGAGGAGUACUUCAGCUUGGAGUCUUUCGACCGAGGCAAGACAACCAAGAACUUGACUUCAAAAACAAUCUAAUAAAGGCUUUAUAAUGAAUCCUGUAGAUGAAGAAUGGGAGACCUGGAAAGUCACCUAUGGGAGAAACUACAAUAGUCCGGAGGAGGAGGCUUUUCGUCGAGCCAUUUGGGAGAACAAGAAGAUUUUUAUUGAAGCUCAUAACCAGCAGUAUGAACAGGGCUUAAGCAGCUUUUGUCUGUGCUUGAAUGAUUUCGCAGACAAGACUCCAGAGGAAAGGAUGCCAAGACGCCCAAUGCCAAGAAGAAUUCGAAUUAGGGGGUGACCAGGACUACUUUAC